UUUCGAAGGAUGCAAAAAAUCGCGACGCUCGAUUGACGGUGUUGGCCUGGAUGAAGUUGCGUGUGGUGUUCUGAGGCAAAAAGUGAGGAGAUUCCAUGGAAACAGUGUAUACAAAAGUGCCUGGACGAGUGUUUGCGUACCCUCCAAAGAGGGAAAAUUGUGUUGCUUUCUGCUUGCUGAUGACUUACCGGGAGAUGGCGAGCGAUGGCAUGAUGGCAUGACUGUUGGCAGCCAACUACAAUAGGGUGGCAAAAACGGAAGCUUGGGGAAAUCGCACGGAAAAGUGUGCAGCGAAAUGUGAUGAUGAUGUGAUAAUUACAAGGUGCCGCGUAAAAGUGAAGAGAACACCAAUCUUAGACGGAGGAGAAGGUUGGAAUCGGGAAUAGAUUCUCAACGAAACGGUGUUAUCGGCUAUGCUUAGUCCCAAACUGUCAAGGUAUUUCUGCGGAUUAAUAAAUACACUACUGGAUGCGUAAUUAUAUCAUCUCUGUGACAAAACAUUCCGUGCACGAAAGUGUGGGCUAGUGGCGAAAUAACAGAAUAAUGAAAAACAACAGGAAAUCCUUUGUGACGUGUAAAUCAAAUGGAUAGCAAGCUGAAUGACCCCGCGCGAUACAUGGUGAUUGUUGGUGCUGCAAACAUUGCGUAAAUAUAAAAUAUAUGCAUGCAUAUUUAUCUGGAUUCGUGUAUGACGGAGCUUUCAACUAAAAACCAUUCCAGUCGCUUAAAACACGGGACACAGCUAGGUAAAGUGACUUUUCGCGUAAUUCUGUCGAAGGAUUCAACAGAGCUGAAACGAACCGACAUACAUGGGAAAAAUCGAAGGAAUUAGAUUGCAAAUCCUUGUAGAAACCAUAACCUCGUUCAAACCUACGGAUGAGUGUGACGUGCUAAGGCCGAAGGUGUGACUGAAAUGCCAACGGAUUCCGUGAGUGAAAAGUGUUGUUUAUUUAAGCUACAUUUACAUAAGAAUCGAAUCAUGAGAAAAGCUAGUGCUACAUUUAUCCUCCACCUGGAUCCGCCCCAGUGCUCAACGACUGGUUUGAAAGGCCACCCAGCGUAACGCUAGCUUUGAAUUAGCGUGGCGCUUCUAGAGUGGUGUUAUAUAGUGGGAUAGUGUGGGAGGGAGAGUGCGAGAAAAGCUGCAGUGAUGCAAAGAAAACAUGUAGAGCGAACAUCCUUACACGUUUAAGUGGAGGCAAAGAACGGGGUCUGGCUGCAAUCAGAGAAUCGGAUAAAUUGUUUUCACAGUUCAACCCAAGCUCGUGGGUUGGAGCUCGAACUCUGCAUGUGUGCAUAACUAGCGUAUCUGGAGUGUUGGGAACAGGACGACGGAUUCGGGAAAAAAGCACAAGUCAAUAUCAACAAUUCAACGUCUGACUGGUACGGGACCGCGCUGGUUUCGAUCAGUGAAAAGGCGGCCAACAAUGGAGAUUGUUUACAUGCAAAUUGCAAUGGUGCUCUCACUGAUAGUAGAAUGUUUGCACGGAUCUCUAUCGAUUGCUCUGCAAGAACCAAACCCGCAACAACAGCCGGCCGAUCCGGAACCGGAAUUCGAAGGCACAAUUCAGAACGUAACAUUUCCGGCUGGCAGAGAGGCAGUGCUUACAUGUUCGGUGAAAAAUCUGGGCCGCUACAAGGUAGGCUGGCUGCGAGCAUCGGACCAGACGGUGCUGGCACUGCAGGGUCGUGUAGUGACACACAAUGCCCGGAUCAGCGUGGUGCAUGAGGACACGCGGACAUGGCGCCUGCGGAUACGACAGCUUCGCGAAUCGGACCGUGGCUGCUAUAUGUGUCAGAUCAAUGCCAGUCCAAUGAAGAAGCAAAUCGGAUGCAUCGAUGUACAGGUCCCUCCGGACAUAAUCAACGAAGAGUCGUCGGCAGACAUUGCCGUGCAGGAGGGUGAGGAUGCGACCAUUGUGUGUAAAGCGGUGGGCCAUCCCACGCCCCGUGUCACCUGGAAACGAGAAGACGGCGAAUAUAUGCUCCUUCGGAAGCCACAAAGCCGAGAGCUUAUUAGAG